AUGGGAUGGGAUUUCAGAGCCGUGAAUUUACAGCAAGUCAGCCAGGCUGCAGUUGAACUCGUUGUCGUCGCUGUCCUGAGCCCACCCGAGGUGGUGGUGCUGGUCAUGCUGCUGGUUGACGAUGCACUCACAGUGGUUGAAGUGGCAGUGACGGAGGAAGAUGAAGAGCUGGAUGUAGAUGUAGUCGAGCUCGUGCUUGUACUUGAUGACGAAGAAGUUGAGCUGGACGUGACAGUGGUAGAACUGCUUGUUGUGGAGGUGCUGGUCGUGGUCGUGGACGUCGUUGUGGAAACGGUUGAGCUUGUAGUAGUGGUUGAGGAAACGGUGCUGGUCGAAGACGUUGUGGACGUGAGAGUUGCUGUGGUAGAGGAAGUGGUUGAGCUGGAGGUGGAAGUGCUAGUGGACGACGCCGUUGUGGACGUUGUACUCGUGAUCGAUGUGCUGGUAGAACUGCUGCUGCUCGAAGUCGACGAUGUGCUUGUGCUUGUGACUGUCGUUGUUGAAGUGGACGUGACGGUGGUGCUUGUAGUAGUAGAAGAGGUUGUUGAAACUGUGCUUGACGUUGUUGAUGUAAGGGUUGUUGAACUUGUUGUAGCUGUUGUGCUGGUUGACGAUGUUGAACUGCUACUGCUGGACGUGGAAGUCGUGGAGCUGGAGCUUGUAGAGGUCGAGGUCGUGCUAGUACUUGAUGAGCUCGUGGAGCUUGUCGAGCUCGAGCUGGUGGACGUAGUAGUGAUGGACGUGCUGCUGGAGCUGCUGCUCGUCGAAGAAGUGGUGGUCGAGGAUGAUGAUGUACUUGUGCUGGUGCUGCUAGUGCUACUCGUGCUUGUGCUGGAAGUCGAACUUGACGAGGUGCUAGUUGUGGAUGUUGUGGUGAUGGUUGUGCUGCUAGAUGACGUGGAUGUGCUGGAACUGCUCGUGGACGAAGUAGAUGUUGACGACGUGGAGGUUGAGGAGGUUGAUGUCGUAGUGAUCGAUGUCGAAGAGCUGCUGGUGCUGGAAGACGAAGAUGUCGUGCUCGUAGUGGACGUGGAGGAUGAUGUUGUUGAGCUUGAUGACGUACUCGUGGUCGACGUUGUGGUGAUACUGGUAGAUGAAGUAGACGUCGAUGUCGAGCUUGUGCUCGUACUGGAGGAAGACGUCGAACUUGUACUUGUUGAAGAGCUGCUCGUGCUUGUAGUCGAAGUGGAACUGCUGGAGGUCGAUGUACUUGUCGAACUUGUGGAGGAAGUUGAUGAAGAAGAACUUGAUGUUGAUGAGGUCGACGUGCUGGUCGUCGAUGUGCUACUGGAUGAUGUUGAUGUGCUGCUUGUUGUCGAGCUGGACGUUGAUGUCGUAGUGGAAGAUGUUGUGGACGUUGAGGUGCUUGUUGAUGACGUGCUGGUUGACGAGGUUGAGGUAGAAGUGGAGGAUGUGGAUGAGGUGGAGGUGGAACUGGAACUUGUCGAUGUUGAGGAUGUGCUGCUGGAAGAGGUGGACGUGGACGAAGUUGAGGUAGAAGUGGUUGACGUCGUGCUAGUGCUCGUAGAGGAUGUGCUCGUGCUGCUGGUGGAGGUUGAAGAUGUUGAGCUGGACGACGUGGAUGUGCUAGUGCUGCUGGUGGAACUUGAAGACGUGGAUGUCGAAGACGUGCUGCUGGAAGACGUGGACGUGGAAGACGUCGAGCUGGACGACGUUGAUGACGUGGUGGUGCUUGUAGAUGAUGUGCUCGUGCUGCUGGAAGACGUUGAAGUUGUUGAGCUGGACGACGUGGAUGUGCUAGUGCUGCUGGUGGAACUAGAAGACGUGGAUGUCGAAGAUGUGCUGCUGGAAGAUGUGGACGUGGAAGACGUCGAGCUGGACGAUGUUGAUGAGGUGGUGGUGCUGGUAGAAGAUGAGCUCGUGCUGCUGGAAGAGGUUGAAGUUGUUGAGCUGGACGUCGAGGAUGUUGAUGAAGUUGAAGAUGAGGUGCUCGAAGUGGAUGUAGAUGUAGUGCUUGUGCUCGAAGAUGUCGUGCUUGUGGACGAAGUGGACGAUGACGACGUUGAUGAGGUUGACGUGCUGGAAGAGGAUGUACUGCUUGACGAAGUCGUCGUACUGCUCGUUGAAGUAGAUGUCGUGCUGCUAGUGGAAGUGGAGGAGGAGGAUGAGGUUGUUGAAGUGGUGGUAGAUGAUGUUGAAGAGGUGCUCGUGGAUGAUGUUGUACUUGUAGAAGUACUCGUGGAGGUGGUACUAGUUGACGAUGUGCUACUGCUACUGGUCGAAGACGAAGUCGUAGAAGUCGAAGUAGAAGUUGUCGACGACGACGAGGUGCUAGUCGAUGUACUUGAAGUUGAUGUGGUGCUUGAGGUGCUGCUUGUGGAUGUGGAUGACGAGGUAGUGCUACUGGAAGUGCUCGAUGUACUGCUCGUGGAAGAAGUCGAAGUAGAUGUAGUGCUGCUGGUAGUGCUGCUCGAGGAAGUCGAGGUUGACGACGUACUGCUUGAUGACGUUGUAGUCGUAGAUGUGCUUGAGGUGCUGCUACUGGUGGAGGAUGUACUGGUACUGCUGGUGGAGGUAGAAGAGCUUGUGGAAGUUGUUGAGGAAGUUGUGGAAGACGUGGUGGUCGAUGACGUCGUGCUGGAUGACGUGGACGUCGAGCUGCUGCUAGUCGAAGAAGUGCUCGUUGACGAUGUCGAUGAUGACGAGGUCGAUGUCGAUGACGACGACGUGCUGGAUGUGGACGUUGAAGUCGACGAGGUUGAUGUCGUACUGCUGCUUGUGGUGGAUGUGCUCGUAGAGGAAGUACUGCUCGAAGAAGUGCUGGUGCUGGUGGUUGACGUAGAUGAAGAUGAGGUGGAGGUUGAAGAUGUGCUUGAUGAGGAUGUUGAGGUCGAUGAAGUCGACGAGGUGCUGCUGCUUGUCGAGGAAGUACUUGUGGAUGAUGUACUGGUGCUGCUGGUGGAAGUAGAUGAGCUUGAUGUGGAUGUUGACGAUGUGCUUGAGGAAGAUGUUGAAGUUGACGAAGUCGAUGAGGUACUGCUGCUUGUGGAUGUUGUACUUGUAGAUGAAGUGCUGGUGCUACUUGUGGACGUAGAAGAGCUGGAUGUCGACGUUGACGACGUGCUCGAAGAAGACGUCGAUGUGGAAGAAGUCGACGUCGUACUGCUGCUUGUCGAGGAAGUUGUGCUCGUGGAUGAAGUGCUGGUGCUCGUCGUCGAAGUAGAAGAGCUUGACGUGGAUGUUGACGAGGUACUCGAGGAGGAUGUUGAGGUUGACGAAGUCGACGUCGUACUGCUGCUUGUGGAGGACGUGCUCGUAGAGGAAGUGCUGGUGCUGGUGGUUGACGUAGAUGAAGAUGAGGUGGAGGUUGAAGAUGUGCUUGAUGAGGAUGUUGAGGUCGAUGAAGUCGACGAGGUGCUGCUGCUUGUCGAGGAAGUACUUGUGGAUGAUGUACUGGUGCUGCUGGUGGAAGUAGAUGAGCUUGAUGUGGAUGUUGACGAUGUGCUUGAGGAAGAUGUUGAAGUUGACGAAGUCGAUGAGGUACUGCUGCUUGUGGAUGUUGUACUUGUAGAUGAAGUGCUGGUGCUACUUGUGGACGUAGAAGAGCUGGAUGUCGACGUUGACGACGUGCUCGAAGAAGAUGUCGAUGUGGAAGAAGUCGACGUCGUGCUGCUGCUUGUCGAGGAAGUUGUGCUCGUGGAUGAAGUGCUGGUGCUCGUCGUCGAUGUAGAAGAGCUUGAUGUGGAUGUUGACGAGGUACUCGAGGAGGAUGUUGAGGUUGACGAAGUCGACGUCGUACUGCUGCUUGUGGAGGACGUGCUUGUCGAGGAAGUGCUGGUGCUGGUGGUUGACGUAGAUGAAGAUGACGUGGAGGUUGAAGAUGUGCUUGAUGAGGAUGUUGAGGUCGAUGAAGUCGACGAUGUGCUGCUGCUUGUGGAGGUAGUGCUUGUGGAUGAUGUACUGGUGCUGCUGGUGGAAGUAGAUGAGCUUGAUGUGGAUGUUGACGAUGUGCUUGAGGAAGAUGUUGAAGUUGACGAAGUCGAUGAGGUACUGCUGCUUGUGGAUGUUGUACUUGUAGAUGAAGUGCUGGUGCUACUUGUGGACGUAGAAGAGCUGGAUGUCGACGUUGACGACGUGCUCGAAGAAGACGUCGAUGUGGAAGAAGUCGACGUCGUACUGCUGCUUGUCGAGGAGGUGCUUGUAGACGAUGUGCUGGUACUGCUAGUGGAAGUGGACGAAGUUGAGGUAGAUGAGCUCGAUGUUGAUGUUGAGGAUGUGCUCGACGAGGAUGUGGAUGUCGACGAGGUCGACGUGCUACUAGUGCUUGUGGAGGUUGUGCUCGUGGAUGAAGUGCUGGUGCUCGUCGUCGAUGUAGAAGAGCUUGACGUGGAUGUUGACGAGGUACUCGAGGAGGAUGUUGAGGUUGACGAAGUCGACGUCGUACUGCUGCUUGUGGAGGAAGUGCUUGUAGAGGAAGUGCUGGUGCUGGUGGUUGACGUAGAUGAAGACGAGGUGGAGGUUGAAGAUGUGCUUGAUGAGGAUGUUGAGGUCGAUGAAGUCGACGAAGUGCUGCUGCUUGUCGAGGAAGUACUGGUGCUGCUCGUGGAAGUAGAUGAGCUUGAUGUGGAUGUUGACGAUGUGCUUGAGGAAGAUGUUGAAGUUGACGAAGUCGAUGAGGUACUGCUGCUUGUGGAUGUUGUACUUGUAGAUGAGGUGCUGGUGCUGCUUGUGGAUGUAGAAGAGCUGGAUGUCGAUGUUGACGACGUGCUUGAAGAAGAUGUCGAUGUCGAAGAAGUCGACGUCGUACUGCUGCUUGUCGAGGAAGUGCUUGUAGAAGAUGUGCUGGUACUGCUGGUGGAAGUGGACGACGUUGAGGUAGAUGAGCUCGAUGUUGAUGUUGAGGAUGUGCUCGAUGAGGAUGUGGAUGUCGACGAGGUCGACGUGCUACUAGUGCUUGUGGAGGUUGUGCUGCUGGAUGAAGUGCUGGUGCUCGUCGUCGAAGUAGAAGAGCUUGACGUGGAUGUUGACGAGGUACUCGAGGAGGAUGUUGAGGUUGACGAAGUCGACGUCGUACUGCUGCUUGUGGAGGACGUGCUUGUCGAGGAAGUGCUGGUGCUGGUGGUUGACGUAGAUGAAGAUGAGGUGGAGGUUGAAGAUGUGCUUGAUGAGGAUGUUGAAGUCGAUGAAGUCGACGAAGUGCUGCUGCUUGUGGAGGUAGUGCUUGUGGAUGAUGUACUGGUGCUGCUGGUGGAAGUAGAUGAGCUUGAUGUGGAUGUUGACGAUGUGCUUGAGGAAGAUGUUGAAGUUGACGAAGUCGAUGAGGUACUGCUGCUUGUGGACGUUGUACUUGUAGAUGAGGUGCUGGUGCUGCUUGUGGAUGUAGACGAGCUUGACGUCGAUGUUGAAGAUGUGGAAGUGGACGACGAUGUUGUGGUACUGCUGCUGGUUGAUGAAGUGCUGGUAGAGGACGUACUAGAACUACUUGUGGAUGUGGAAGAUGUUGAUGUAGAUGUUGAGGAUGUGCUUGACGAGGAAGUUGAGCUUGACGUCGUUGACGUAGUACUGCUACUUGUCGAUGAUGUGGACGUAGUUGACGUGCUUGUACUGCUGGUAGACGUAGAAGAGCUUGAGGUGGACGUUGAUGAUGUGCUGGAGGAAGAUGUAGAUGUCGAUGAAGUGGAAGUGCUACUGCUGCUUGUUGAUGUUGUGCUGGUGGAUGAAGUGCUCGUGCUCGUUGUAGAAGUAGAAGAUGUUGAUGUGGAUGUUGACGACGUGCUUGAGGAAGAUGUUGAGGUUGACGACGUCGAUGAGGUACUGCUGCUUGUGGAUGUUGUGCUUGUAGAUGAAGUGCUGGUACUGCUGGUGGAUGUGGACGAAGUUGAUGUAGAUGUGCUCGAUGUUGAUGUUGAGGAUGUGCUUGAUGAGGAUGUGGAUGUUGACGAGGUCGACGUGCUACUAGUGCUUGUGGAGGUUGUGCUGCUGGAUGAAGUGCUGGUGCUCGUCGUCGAUGUAGAAGAGCUUGACGUGGAUGUUGACGAGGUACUCGAGGAGGAUGUUGAGGUUGACGAAGUCGACGUCGUACUGCUGCUUGUCGAGGAUGUGCUCGUAGAGGAAGUGCUGGUGCUGGUGGUUGACGUAGAUGAAGAUGAUGUGGAGGUUGAGGUUGUGCUUGAUGAAGAUGUUGAGGUCGAUGAAGUCGACGAUGUGCUGCUGCUUGUGGAGGUAGUGCUUGUGGAUGAUGUACUGGUGCUGCUGGUGGAAGUAGAUGAGCUUGAUGUGGAUGUUGACGAAGUCGAUGAUGACGAAGUCGACGUGGUGCUACUGCUUGUAGAAGACGUGCUCGUCGAUGAGGUGCUUGUGCUGCUCGUGGAGGUGGUAGAGCUAGAUGUUGAUGUUGAGGAUGUGGUUGAUGAAGAUGUUGAUGUAGAAGAAGAUGUUGUAGUGCUGCUGCUUGUAGAUGAUGAGGUAGUGCUGCUCGUGGACGUAGACGAGCUAGAUGUAGAUGUCGAAGAUGUGCUUGUUGUGGAAGAAGUUGUUGAAGAAGUCGAAGUAGAGCUGCUUGUUGAGGUGCUUGUGCUAGAUGUUGACGAAGAAGAAGUUGAGGUGCUUGUGGACGACGAAGUUGUGGACGAUGUCGACGUCGUGCUGCUGCUACUCGUGCUGCUGCUAGUUGUGCUGCUGCUAGUUGAUGAUGUGCUCGUGCUAGUACUUGAUGUCGAUGAGGAUGUUGUGGAUGUGGAUGAAGUGCUUGUGGACGAUGUUGAGGAGGAUGACGUCGAAGUCGACGAGGAAGUUGUUGACGUCGUCGAAGUACUGCUGCUGCUGGUCGAAGAUGUACUUGUUGAUGAUGAUGUGCUGCUGCUUGUAGAAGUGGAUGAAGUCGAUGUGCUCGUGGUAGACGAGGAAGUCGAAGAUGUGGAAGUUGUACUGCUGCUUGUAGACGAAGUGCUUGUGGAUGAACUGCUUGUGCUGCUUGAUGUUGUCGAGGAAGUUGAUGUGGAGCUUGUCGUUGUCGAUGACGUACUGCUGCUGCUGCUUGUAGUAGAAGUGGACGUGGAAGAAGUGGUGCUGGACGAUGUCGAAGAAGUGCUGCUGGUGCUGCUGCUUGUUGAGGUUGAAGAAGUGCUGCUGGUCGAGGAGGUGGUUGAGGUUGAUGUCGUUGAGGUUGACGUCGUGCCUUGGCUCGAUUGCGAAAUGUGCUUUUCAUUACACAGCUGCUACAACGGACUCACCGAUCAGAAAUCCUGCUGA